AUGUGAGGUUGCGGAGUGGAGGUGAAUGAAUGAAAUAAAGACGACGACGAAGGAGGAGGAGGAGGAGGAGAAUAAGUAAGAAGAAAGAUAAAACUUCACUUGGUUCAGAAAAAGUUUUUAGAAGUUAGUUGCCCGUAAGCUUCCCUGCCCGUCAGCCAGGAGACGUAAUUCGUCUGUGAGAGAGGAUUUUUUUAAAUAAUUUUUUUAUCUCUCUCUCUCUCUCUUUCUUUUUUUAAAACAAAACAAAUACAUAUAUAUAUAUAUAUAUACUAAAAAAAAGUACAAGAUUGUGCGGGUGGGUGCCAGGAAGUUAGUGAAGUCAAGUCAUCCAUCCAAACAUGUUGGGACGGCUACCACUGUUGUCUGGACUUGUCACGACGAAUAUCGCUCUUAUCAGCUCACACCACCACGUUACUUACUGCCACCUUCUCAACCACCACUACUGACUGCCUCUUCUAAAACUUACUCGGGGUACUUAAAACCAGAUCGUAUAUAUAUAAAAAAAAAUACAAGUCUUCUAAUUCACUCUACUUGUGCGCAUCGUCGUGGCUUUCUUUUACUCUACUACACAAGACAUACUUUCAAAUUUACCUUUCUGUGUCUUACCUAUCUUAUUUGCCAAAUUGGAGUUCCAUUUUAUGUGCAUUCAUAGUUUGAAUCAAAACCUAUUCAUAAAAAUAAAUACUUGAUUUACUGGAUCCACCUACUAAAUAAAACCGUGUGCGUUGGCGUGGUCUGAGAAUUAUUAUUUUCCGCGAUCACUUUCACAUAUUUUACCACAAUAUGUUAUUUGAAAAGGUUAACGUCAUCAUGAAUCUUGUAGCAUUUGUCAUGACGCUAUCGGUAGCGUUUACACUCGCUGCACAUAAUCACUGUCCACCAAACACUUACUACAAUACUACAUUUAAAAAAUGCGUUAACUGUUCAACUUGUCCUGACAACGAGAUAAUUCGCAGCCCCUGCAGUCCUUACGAAGAUCUCUCAUGCGGGCCCUUUGUGGAGUUCAAUCGUUUUGUAGUCGGUGGCAAACAUAAACAGCAAAACAAAAGCAGGGUACAUCAUCCGUACUGGAAACCGGAUCCACAAAAACCAGUGAUACACCAUGAUCCGAAUAUUGAUUACACGAAACCUCGGAUGAACCAACCUGCUCUAGUAACAACUAUUAAUCAGGAUACAACCCCUUGGAAAACUAUUGCUCUUUCUUUGAUUAGUAUCAUUUGUACUAGUGUGGUUUUACUACUAGUUGCUGUGAUAGUUGUGCACUUUUACAAAAAGAGAAAUUCUAGUUAUGAUAAAGAGUCAUAUAUGACACUAAUGACUGCAGCCAUGCUGAGGCCAACCUUGAAGAAUUUUAAUUGAAUGAAUCAACCCCAGUACUUUUUUUUUUUAAAAGCCUGAGUCUGGUCUGACUGAGGUAUGCUACAGUACAUUGGCCCUUGAUUAUAUGCAAAAGACAAGACCUUCAUCUGCAUUAUGGAUGUACACACCGGCCUAUCAUAAAUCCCAAGACCUUCUACUCAACCAACAUCCAGAACCAGAAGUAUCGGCACCGUUUGCAAACAACACUGAAGGCACAGAUGAAUGCACAGAAAAGGAGCAUUGCACUGCUUCUUCUUGCACACCACACACCAGAGACAGCAAUGUUGUAGAUUAUGGCCACCAGCAUCCUCAUCAGUAUGCGAUGACAAACCCUCCUAAUAUCCCAUCUUCCAACAACAUUAACAGCCGCAGUCAGUCGUUAUGCAGCUGCAACAACCACUUCCCAGACUAUGUAUUUUUCAAUCUUGCACAAAAUGAGUAUUUGGAAAAAUAAAUAAUUAAUGGAAGGAAAAAAAAAAAAAAUAAAGGAAAAGGUUUGUGUGUGUAUUAAUCACACAUGGUAGACAUUGCAUAUUUACACGUUAUCAGAUCCUACGUUCUGCACUGAUAGCUAAUCAAUUCUGUUCGGUUGACUGAAUGCAAAUCAUUUUGGAAAUGAUUUCACACUGAUGAAAAGGACCCGACCGAUUACGUAUGGUAUGAAGUGGAGGGGGAAAUUAAAAUGAUCAAUUUGAUAUGUUUUUUUUUUUUUAAAUGUUAUGUAGUGGUAUUUUACAGUUUAUCUAUCCACUUGUAAAGUAAGUUUAAUGCAAGUUAAACUCCUCUUGAUUUUGUUUUAUAAAUCAUCUUUUUUGUUUUUUUCCAAAGUAUAUUCAUGGCAUUUAAAAUAUACAAACAUUUUAGAAAACUAUCAAUGGAAAAUAAUCUCACUUUUCUAUACAUUAAGUGGAAACUUUUUUUUUUUUAAACGAUCAUUUAAAGAUCCAUGUAUUAUUGCUGCUGGAUAUAUCAAAUGAAAAAUUUCGACAUUUCAUGUUUUAACUUUACCAUAGUUAUAUCCUAGCUUCAUCAACAUAUAUAUUGUAUAUUAUUUCAUGUCAGAAAUUUAUGCUGAGGAGGGCUUUUAUUUCAAAUUCCCUUGAAACAGUGCCAGUGUAAAAAUAUUUUUGACAGUUGUUAGCAAGACAUUGUUUUUUCCUUCAGUUGUGAAACAGAAAAAGGUAGGGGAUAAAAAAAAUUAAAGCCUAAAUAUCCCUAGCCUUAUUCCAGGGCCCUAUUUGCAAAAUAUUAAGCCAUAGGCUGUUUUAAUGCAUUAAAAUAAAACCUAACACACUGGGGGUAUUUUUUCAGAAAAAGGUACAAAAAAAAAAGUUGGUUCUUUUUAAAAAUAUCUUUUAUUGUGUUAUUGUUAGAAAAUUUGAGGGCAGUGAGUAGUUUGAAACCAUUGACAAAUUCUACUCUAAACUAUUUUAUUUAUAGUGUUUCUAAACAUUCUGAUAAUCCAAAAUUAAAUCUGGCUUAAAUAGAAUUUAUAUAUUUUUGGAAUUUGUUCUUUGAUAAUUAUAGUUGAUUGCUUAUUACAGUAAUUGAACUUUAUAAUUCUUCAGUUAAUGAAUUUUAAAUUUUAAAGAUAUCCUUCGAAAACCAUCCACACUAACAAGCAAUUUAAAGAAAUAAAAUGAAUUUUUAUUUCUUGUUUUGGGUUAAGGAGCCAUAAUUAUUGGCUUUGGUGUUUUCAAUAGUUUAUAUCUAUUCCAUUUACUUAACCUUUUUUGGAAAAAAAAAAUCAUACUAAAACUAUCAUCGGACCAAUAUAAUCAAUAGUUUGAAUUGAACUAUCAUGCCACCUCAUUUCUAACUGGCUGCUCAGCUUUCAAAGAAACUAAAGCUUUUUUCUUGUUUUUAUGCAUUGUUGAUUUAUCUAAUAAUAUUGAACUUAUUCUCGUAUUAAACAACAACAACAACAAAAACUGAAAAUUGUUAUGACUUUGAGCUGUCACAUAUUCUCGUACAUAUAAUCUUCAUCCUCUUCAUCAUCAGUCUUUUAACAUCCAUGCUAGCAUGGGUCAGGCGGAAUUCAUGGAGGCAGGCCUUCGGUGCCCAAUGCCUUUUCUGUCUCCAACUUUCACCUAUUACCAAACAAGGUAGUAUUUCUCCAUGUCCAGGCAUGUUUUACCUGGAAGAUCAAAAAUGGACGUCGUAUUUAUGAUGGUGGUAUCAAAACAAGAAGACACACAGCCAUGUAUAUAUGUAUGUGUAUAUAUAUAUAUAUAAUGGGUGUGUAGUUUUUUUUUUUCCAGUGUCUACCAAAUCCAUCUGCAAGUCAAUCUGGAGCUAUAGUAGAUCCUUGCCCAAUGUGCCACUCGGUGGCACUGGUCCUGAAUCCACAUGGUUGGGGAGCAAACUUGACCAUACAGCAAUACCUGUGCCUAUAUAUCAUCGUUUUGAAAAACCUCAAGCUGUUUUUUUUUUUUUUUUUUUUUUUUUUAAAUUCCCCCUUAUCAUAGUCUCUCAUUCCAUCAACACAUACAUAUAUAAUCUUGAUAGCAUUUCUAUCUACUACGAAUAAAUCUGACCUACCUACCAUCCUGAAUAUUUGCAGUUCCUAGUCAAAAAAACUUAUUUAUUCAUGUUCAUGGUGGUUGGGGUGGGAGGGAGGGCAAACAGACAAAGCUACAUAUCUAUAUCUUACAAUAAUAUUGUCAUUUUUUUUUUCUCCUUAAGAAUACCAGAACAAUGCAGAAAAAGCAAUUUGUUUUCUUUUUUUCAAAAAAAAAAAAUAAUAAUAAAAAAAAAAAGACAAAAGAACCAGUUAAAAUGGUUAUAGUAACCUAUUGACUUUGGACUAUUUUUCUUGAACUUAUAUAUAUUUUUUUAUGGACUUCAUUUGAGUCUUGUGUGUUGGAGAUAUUAACUGGAAAUACAUCCUUUUGUAAGAUUUGAGACAAGUGAAAACUUGAAAUGUGAUGAAAAAAAAAGAAAGAAAAAAAAAAGUUGAAGAACAGUGAUUAUAUUUUACCUGCU